CUUUCCUGGGGGGCGGGACUAUGAGUAGCCGUUGGUCUUUUUAGGGGGUAGCUGUCAAGAGAAACAGUUAAACGUUACAUCUGUGUUUAAAUAUUUAAAUUAAACCAGAUGAACCGACACGUUUGAUAUAAACACGCGUUUUUGUGUUCCGCUGAGUUUACUACAUUCACAUUCCUCCACAGCCGUCAUCAUGGGCGAGGUGGAGCUCUCGUGUCGGGCUUAUGUGAAGAUGUACCUGCACUCGUGCCUGUUCCCACGGUGCAGCAUCAACGGGCUGCUGUUGUCGUCCAGCCCGACAGGCGGCGCCGUGUGCGUGACAGACUGCGUGCCCCUGCUCCACUCCCACCUGCCCCUGGCUCCCAUCACUCAGCUGGCCCUCACACAGGUGGACGUGUGGUGUUCACAGACUCAGCAGAGGAUAGUGGGAUACUAUCAAGCCAACGCUUGUGUUUCAGAUAGCAGCCCGACGCCGUGCGCGCUGAAGAUCGCCGAUAAGAUUUCUGAGCAGUUCGACAACGCGGUUUUGUUAAUGCUCGACGGCAGUAAAAUGUCUCCAGACUAUCGAGUUCCUCCCAUCGUGAUGUACGAGCGCAAAGAUUCCAGAUGGAUGCUCAAAGACAAACACACGAUAAUGCUGCGACACUGGGAGGAGACUCAGGCGAUAGCCAGUCAGAUGCUGGAGUCCGGCGACCACGCGCUAUUGGUGGAUUUUGACAGCCACUUGGACGACAUAACAAAGGACUGGACCAAUCAGAAACUGAACACCAAGAUAGCGGAGCUCGCCUCGCCGGCCAACGGCAGCAUGUAGUCACCGGAGUCCAGAUUUAUUUAUGUUCUCACUCCAACGCCACCGCCGCCGUGUACUAAUGUGAUUUUUACAACCCGACACAGAGUUUAGGAAUACAUUUAAUGCAUUUUCUGACAGGAACAUAACAUAGAACAUGCAUAAAUAACAAAAUAUUUACAGUUCGGUAGAUCUUCCACCGUCCCCUCACCCCCCUCUGAAUGUGCCUUGUGGUUCAGCCCAACAAGCCGUUGAUUUAAAUGGAAAAUUAAAACCUUAAAAACACAUUUCAACACUAUUACAAAGCACCUGUGCUAUUUCCAGUCCCUUGUUAUUCCUAUGUUCAUUACAAGCUCCAGACGGGGUGGACAAAAUAACAGAAACGCAGUACAAUACAAAAGUCCUGCAGUAAACACAAACGUCAAAGCUCAAAAUGUUCGGCGUCCGUCACACCUUCAGCUGGAUUAAGGUGGCAGUCUGUGUUUAGUGUAGUUAACUUUGGACUACGUGGUACUCACAAGUGUUUUUACAGCGUUUAGCAGCACCAGAAAGUCAGGCAGCAGCUCUUUGUCUCUGCCUUUAAAAACCUCUGUUAACUCUUAUGUAGCUGCCUUUUUGUACGUUACAGUACUGUGUUCCCUGCCUGAACUGCCGGUGCGUUUGUGUUGAGGAACACCAUCAGACAGACGCAAAACUACCACCUUAAAAAAAGCCUCAGAGCCUCGACGGACGCCGGAUAUUCUGAUCCUCGGCAGACUGAGUUUACUGUGAGCUUUUCGUAUUGAAAUGUUUUGUACUUAGAUGAAAACACUAACACGAAGUCUGUCUGAGCUCCUGUUGAUUCAUUUCUGUCUCACAUGAUAACAGCGGAGGAGCAGAAGGUUGUAUUUCCCUCUCAAAGGUCCAGUGUGUUGGAUUUUGGGCGGCUCUAUUUACAGAAUAUGAAAUAAAGUUUGAAUAACUGUGUUA